AUGAGAAACCCGUACCAGAAGCAUCAGCCGACCCCUCUUCCCGAUACUCAAAAUAUAUUGAAAGCGGCUGUCAUUUUGCUUGAGCAACUUUUACAGAAACCAGAAGAAUUCUCUGCCCAUAUUCGACAAUACGCAGGUUCCAUAGUUUUACGCGUUGCUUACGGCUACGAGGUCAAGGCAGAAAAUGAUUUUUAUAUAGCUCUAGUGAAAAAGGCUAUGCCGCCGCUUCUUCAGGUGGUACAUGCAGGAAAGUUCCUAGUUGAAUUCAUUCCCGCACUCAAGCACAUUCCAUCUUGGUUUCCAGGAGCGACAUUUAAAAAGAAUGCUACAAUAUGGGCCAAGGACACCCGCGCCCUUCGGGAUGCGCCUUUUGAGAAAGUUAAGAAAGCAAUCGAGGAAGGAACUGCGGAGCAAUCCUAUGUCAGCGACAACCUCGAGAAGCUCAAGAUCAAUGGGGUAGUUGAUGCCUCAGAAGAAGAAAUCGUCAAGAACUGCGCUGGAAUCAUGUACCUGGCCGGAUCGGACACUACUGCUUCUGUUCUUCAUUCUUUCCUUCUGGCUAUGGUUCAUCACCCGGAAAUUCAACGCAGAGCACAGGAAGAAAUCGACAGUGUUAUCGGAGAUUCCAGACUUCCAGAUUUCAAUGAUAGGGAAUCGCUUCCUUACGUGGAGGCGAUACUGCUGGAGACAUUGCGAUGGGCGCCUGUUACCCCGCUCUCCCUACCACAUCGUGUUAUUGAGGAAGACGAGUAUGAAGGUUAUCAUAUUCCAGCCGGCGCCGUGGUUACACCCAACGUUUGGGCUAUUAUGCACAGUGAAGAUAUUUACCCUGAACCUUUUAAAUUCAAUCCGGAUAGAUACUACAAAGGGUCCAAUAAAGAGCCACUUCAAGUAGAUCCAAUCGCAGCUGGCGCAUUUGGCUUUGGAAGACGCAUUUGUCCUGGCCGCUACCUCGCAUUAAAUUCUGCUUGGAUCGGUGUUUGCUCCAUUUUAUCUGCUUUUAACAUUUCCAAAGCCAUCGACAACACAGGCAAAGUUAUUGAGCCGGUGAUAGAGUAUCAGGAUGGACUUGUGAGUCAUGCGAAAGCUUUCAAGCUGACCAUAACGCCUCGUUCAGAGAAAAUCAAGAAAUGCAUUGAAAUCUAUUCAACUUAA